AUUGUUUUGUAUCAACUUAAAAGUUAAAAUUUAUUAUUUACCUACCUAUACGAUAGAAAUAUUUUCAUAAACGUUAGUGUCUUCUGAAAAAAUGAGAGUCUUACAUCAAAUGAUUCACUCCGUAAAUGUAAAUUACUAAAAUGUCCUUACAGUGGCGGAUCCAGGUGCUCCCCCCCUCUCCCCAGACCUUUUCAAGAGACAGCAGACUCCUCUUUUUACAUACAGAAAUAGUAUUAGGUACAAUGUGUAAUAUAUUUAUGAUUUGGAAGUGAUUUUUUUAUAUGCUCCUCCACGUAAAAAAGGAACUACGUUCCCGUUAAUUUCCUGAAAAUUGAACGAAAUCACUGAAACUAGUUCCUCCUUCCAAGCACUGAUAAUGCCUUAAUUUCAAAUGUAUUAAUAAUAGGUACCUACAAUGUUAGUUAUUAGAUUACUGGCCAAAUUAUUAUGCUAUACCUAUUUUGUCGUUACUUAAGUGAUGAAUAACUUCAUUGAAUAUAUUUGUUAUUAUCAAUUUUUAUUUUGUUGUUUAUUUUUUUGAUUAUAAAAUGAGUAUAAUUAUUUACUAGCUUAUAAUUUAUACAACAUAAUAGGUGCAAAUAAUAUUUAAAAUCGAAUCAAUCAACAACAUGCCAUUGCCGGAUAUUCCUUGGAAUUCACCCGAUUUAAAUCGUUUGCAUCCUAUAAUUACAUUCUCAAGACCUAUUAAAGACGGAGUGUUGAACCGUAGUACAUUGAUCAAAGGACUGAAUAAUUUUAUAAGACACAAGGAGAUUGAGGAUUAUUUCUGUUUUACUGAACUCGCUUUAAAUAAUUUGGAUUUAAAAAACAUCGACAUCAUCGGUGAUUAUAUAUCUUUAAAAAAGUUGGAGAUACAUCAUAAUGUCAUACAAGAUUUGAGCGCUUUAAAUAGUCUAAACGAGUUAGAGUACUUAGACGUGUCCCACAACUGUUUGAAACAAAUAUUAAACUUCAGACCACCGAAGAUGCUAUACCAUGUCGAUUACUCAAACAACAAUAUCGAACAUAUGGACGAUUUGUCUCAUUUUUGGAGUAUAGCAUACUUAGAUCUAUCGUACAAUUCUAUCAAACACGUAAACGGGCUUUCGGAAUUGAAUCAUUUGAAAUUUAUAAAUUUGUCUCACAAUGGUAUAAAACAUAUACAUUAUUCACUACCAUGUUCCUUGGUGGAAAUAAACUUGUCUUGCAACGAUUUAGAAUCUAUACAAUUGGACAUGUCCUCAAGUAUGUGUGAAAUACUUGACUUGUCGCAUAACAAACUAAAAUUGCUUGAUUUUUUAAAAAACGCCAAACAGUUGUCCGUAUUGGAUAUACAAGCUAAUAUGAUCGAUGAUGUACUGCAAAUAGAAUACAUAAAGACACUUACAAAUCUUCGCCUUUUAAAUGUCGAAAACAACGAUUUUCUCAAAUUAAAUAUUCACAAACAAUUGAUAUUUUCAAACAAUUUGCCUUUAAAAGCAACCAUUGAUCAAACAUUUAUAAAAAUUGAUGACCUGCAGGAGUUAAAUGAAAUGGAAAUUAAUUCAUUGCUUAUGGCAGAAAAGAAUGUAUUAAAAUCUACUGUCUUAGAACAUUUAUCUGCAGGAAGAUCGUCUAUAGGUGCAGUAAAUUACUGUGGAUACAAUUACCUAUUACUUCCGAUGGUAAUUUUGGUCGGUCCACCAAAAACUUACAAGAAAGAACUUUUGAAUACGAUAUUUGGGAAACACGCAGAUAAAUUUUAUCCAGCAAUUAUUUAUACGACGAACGACAUAUUAUGUGAAAAUAGAAUAUUAAAAACAAUUUCAGUUACAGAGUUCAAUAAAAUGAAUUCUACCGGAGAAUUGGUGUUUAGCUACCGAUUUUUAGGACAUUCUUAUGGUUUAAACAAAGAUCAAUUAUCCAAAUGUACUGAUGAAAAUAAGGUAUUAAUCACGUUCACAAAUUUAGAAGGCGCGUUAAUUUUAAAAAAUAAAGGCUACAAUCCAACAUUCGUGUUGGUAUUACCAGAAGACAAGUUAUCAUACAAAAUACAUAUAUACGAGAGUAUACAAAAAUAUUACAUGAAUCAAAACCGUUCAAUGAAUGAAAAUAAGUCAACACUAAAUAAAGGAACAGAUGGACAAUAUUUUAAUGAAACGGAUAAUAACAGUAGUAGUAGCCCAAACCCUGAUGGUUUCUCGAUACAGUCAAAUACUGUUGCUGCGGUUUGUUCGUUGGAAACUAACACAAAUGCUGCUGAAGAAAGUGAAACAAUUGCAUACAGAAAUAAUGAUAUUAAAGACGAUUUCAACGAUCCGGUUUGA